AUGCAGUUCCUCAGCACCGUCCUCGUCGCCCUCACGGCGGCCGCCGGCGUCAUGGGCCAGGGCGGCGACGCCAACGCGUUCGCUACCGGCCUCCUUGACGCCCUGAGGCAGAACAACCUCACCCAGCUCGCCAGCGCCGUCGAGGCCAACGCCGCUGCCCUCCUGCCCGCCCUUGCCAGCGCCGGCAACAAGACCGUCCUUGCCCCGAGCAACCAGGCCAUCCAGGCGCUCGGCAACGUCGACCAGAACACGCUCGUCAACACGAUCGCCUACCACGUCCUCAACGGCACCUACAAGGUCGACCAGCUCAUGGCCGGCCAGCACACGAUCGCCGCCACGGCGCUCAACAGCAGCGAGUUUGUCAACCUGCCCGGCGACCGGCCCCAGGUGGCCGUGCUGAGCAAGGCCAUGGGCAACAACACCGCCUUUGUCUACCAGGCCGGCCGCAACGUCUCGUUCGCCGGCGCCAUGGACGGCCCCAUGUACCAGAACAUCCUCGUCCAGCCCAUCGAGCAGGUCCUCAUGGUGCCCGGCAACGUGUCGGACGUCGCCGGCAUGAUUGGCGUCUCGCAGCUCGUCCAGCUCCUCCAGAGCGCCAACCUGGUCGAGGCCCUCGACAGCAUGCCCGUCACCGUGUUUGCGCCCAACAACGCCGCCAUCCAGGCCGCCCAGUCGACCAUCAUGGCCGCCACCCCGGAGCAGCAGGUCGCCGUGCUGAGCAACCACUACAUCCCCGGCAGCGUCGUCUACUCGACGGCCAUCAAGGACGUCCCCAGCGCCACCUCGGGCAGCGGCCAGGAGCUCAAGUUCAUGGCCAACGACACGGGCGCCUACGUCAUGAGCGGCAACGUCACCGCCAAGAUUGUCCGCACCGACUACGUCGCCGCCAACGGCGUCGUCCACGUCAUCGACAACGUCCUCCUCAACACGAUGAACAACCCCGCCGCCGCCUCGUCCGCCGCCGCCUCGGCCGAGUCGGCCGCCGCUACCCAGACCGCGCAGCCCGGUGUCGGCACCGGUGGCAACGAGAACGCCGGCUCGGGCAUGGGCGGCGGCAUGGGCGGCGGCUCCAACGAGAACGGCGCCAUGUCGACGGCCAAGAUCGGCGGCGGCGCGGCUGCCCUCGCCAUGCUCGCCUCGGGCAUGUGGCUCCUUGCCUAA